AUGAAGUCGGGCAAAUACGAUCGGGCAGCUGUUCUGUUGACAAAUGCGAUCUGUGAGCCCACUGCUAGCGACAUGGCACCAUUAUCGUACUCAUCGAAGAGAUUUGAAGCCAUAGAUUCUUCCACAUUGGCGUUGUUCACCUCUCGUGGGGUCGCUUUGGCCCAGUCCCACGAUUUCAACGCUGCUAUAGCAGACUUCAACACCGCUAUAUCGAAGGGCCUCUCGCUGACGUCUGAAGAGAUCUUAUGGAUGGCUCGCUCUCAUCUCUAUCUUGGCUCGACUGCAUCUGCCCUUUUUAUCAUUGAGGACGUACUGAGGCUGGAUCCCCAAAACGAGGACGCGCGGGCUCUGAGGAAACGUCUCAUGGCUCUGGAAGUCCACAUUCAGAGCUACCAAAAGGCACAGUCUUGUGCAAACUGGAGAGCCGCCAGGACUGCAUAUCAAUCCUGCCUCACCAUAUUUGCCGAGGAGAAUGGUCCUCUGCCCGUCCAAUUCCGCUGCUGGGGAAUCGAGCUGCAGCUAGCGGAAUGCGACUGGGAGAAAGCUGUAAGCGGCACGGAGUACCUUCUGAGUAAAGAGCCGGAAGCAGUUCAAGUCAUAACUUUGCGCGCCGUAGUCCUUCUGCUAGUUGGAAACUGUUCUGAAGCACUUCUCCAUCUGGCAGUUGUACUCAGACUGGACCCGGACAAUAAGAAUCUUCUAGCGCUGAGGACUCGAUGUAAAGAUAUUAAACAGCUGCAAGAAGAAGGAGAAACACUAGGACUGGGUGGUAAAUGGUCUGAGGCAAUUAGGAAAUGGAACGAGGCACUUACGCUCGUCGGCGAGAAGGGGACGGAAGGUGGGGGCGGCCCGCUCAGGGCCAAGCUGCUUCAUCGAAUAGCCAAUGGGCAAUUGAAGCUCGGCCAGUUGUCGGAUGGGCUCAGAACCAUUGAUAGCGCUUUGAAGUUGGACCAAGUGUCUCCCCGUGCCCACAUAGUACGCGGCCGAUUACACCUUGCUCUUCGGCUUUAUGAUCUUGCCGUCGACGACCUCAAGGCUGCCGUUCAAUAUGGGAUAUCCAAACUGAAUCAGGACGAGCUUGCUGAGCUGCAGGCCGAACUCGCAAGUGCCACAAGAAAAGCAGCGGCCGAACGCGGAAGGCCACCAAACUACUACAGUGUUCUAGGUCUCCCAAGAAGGUGUACAGCCAGUGAUAUCCGCAAAGCGUACACGACGCAAGCACUCAAGCACCAUCCGGAUAAGGGUGGUAUGGAAGAAAUGUUCAAGCGAGUGUUUGAGGCCUACUCUGUCCUGAAAGACCCAAAGGCUCGACGCUCGUAUGAUGCAACGCUGUCAGCAUCGCAUGGCUAG